GCCCGUUAACCCACGUUAAUGUUUUUACAUUGUUUGUUUUAAUUUAUCAGUACAAUUGUGUGGAGAUGGAAAUAAUAUUCAUUUGCAUUAGAUAGACCGUGCAGAGUGGAAUAUGGCUGAAAAUUACGCUGCUGUGCUCUAUGGACCCAACGACCUUAGGGUGGAAAAAUGGCCGAUGCCGGAGAUCAACGAUUAUGAAGUGCUGGUGAAGAUGACCAGCGUUGGCAUUUGCGGCUCCGAUGUCAAGCUGUACUCCUCGGGCCGCUGCGGCGCGGUGCAGGUGGCCAGCCCCAUAGUCAUCGGCCACGAGGGCGCGGGAUACGUAGUCAAGGUGGGCCAAAAAGUAUCCUCGCUCAAAGUGGGCGACCGCGUGGCCAUCGAGCCGACGCAGCCGUGCCGCGCGUGCGAGCACUGCCGGCUGGGCCGCUACAACGUGUGCGCGCGGCCGGGCUACUGCUCUACGCCCGCCGCUCCCGGGAACCUCAGCCGGUACUACAAGCAUGUCGCGGACUUCUGCCACAAGAUCCCCGCCAACCUAUCAAUGGACGAAGGCGCGGCGGUGCAGCCGCUAGCUAUAGCGGUGCACGCGUGCCGGCGCGCCGGGGUAUCGCUCGGGCACAGCGUGGUCGUGCUGGGCGCCGGGCCCGUCGGCGUGCUGUGCGCGAUGACAGCGCGCGCUAUGGGCGCUACCAACAUUCUUAUCACUGACACUGUCGAGUCUCGCCUCGACACAGCAAAGGAGAUGGGGGUAGACCACGCCCUGUUAGUGAAGCCCGAAGAACCGGACCAAGACGUCGUGGAUCGUAUUACGUUAACGUUGGGUGCGCAGCCGCAUGUCACUAUUGACGCGUGCGCGUUUCCUUCUGCGCAGAGGGUAUCUUUGAUGGUGACUGGCACGGGCGGCACGGUCCUGGUGGUGGGUAUCGGCGAGCCCAUGUCGCAGGUGCCUCUAACCGCUGCCUUGCUGCGAGAGGUCGAUGUGCGAGGCUCCUUGCGCAUCGCCAACACAUACCCAGCGGCACUAGCGGCCGUGUCGAGCGGCGCCAUCGACCUGAAGCGGUUCAUCUCGCACCACAUGCCGCUGGAGCGAGCCAAAGAAGCGCUUGAACUGGCCAAGAGCGGGCAGGCCAUGAAGAUCAUCAUACACCCGCAUGAUUAACCCCCUCGGUCAUCAAUGUGUACUUCGCAAAAUGAGCAUCAUGAUCAUCAUUUCAGUCAUAGGACGUCCACUGCAGAACAUAUAGACUAAGAGCUAGUGAACGCCAGACAUACGUCAUUUUAUAAAAGCUGAAAGUUUGUCAGCGUAUACUCCCAAUAUAAGUUAGAAUGUUGGUGAAUCAUGAAGUUUGGGUCAUUGUGGCUUUGGCAGCUACCCUAAAAAAAUGUCUGGCUAGGAGUUCGAACUGUCAAACUAUCUGGCUGAUGUGGAAACAACUUCUAAUUGUAACAUUAUUGUAAUGUGACAACACUACUGAGAAUAGACUAUAGAUUGGAUAUGUAUUGUCUGUGAAUAAUGGAGAGUAAAACAGGAUGUACAUGACACAGUGAUUAUUUUAUUUAAUAAAUCCCAAAUCAUCAACAGUUAAAUACAAUAAUAUGAUAUGGCGCAGUCAGGAGAUGGCAAGAACCAGGCCGCGGGUGUAAGACCCGUGAGUAUUAAAGCCGACACGAUGCAGGGAUUAAGCCUUGCCCAACCGCCGCCAUUGUCUUUUGAAGGAGAUUUGGCAAAAAACUUCAAGACAUGGAUAAGACAUGUGGAACUGUACAUGGUGGCGACUGAAUGCCAUAAAAAGAGUUCUGAAAUAAAAGCAGCAAUAUUAUUACACCUCUUGGGCGAGGAAGGAGUGGACAAAUUUGACACGAUAGAC